AUGCCUCGAUUUGGGCGCAAGCGGUCUCAAUGGCCGCCACCUCCCUUGGUGGAGGACGAGGCCACCUCCCUCUCGCGGGAGCUCCACGGAAUGUCCAUGCUAGGAGAAAAGCCCGGAGUUGAAGGUGUCUGUGCCCGAGGAACCAUUGACCAAUGCCCUGUCAUCCUGGAUGCGCCUAUUUUCGAGCCUUCGAAGACUAAAAAGUAUGACCUGGAUGAGUGCAGCCGUGAAAGCAGUUCUUCAGAUGAUAGUGCAGGGCCAGCCACGCCACCUGAAAGAUUUGUACAGGAUCCACUUCUCCACGUCGUUGAUGAUUCCCAGGGAUUCCACUUGACGCCUCCUACGGUGCCUGUCCCCUUGCCGGUCAAGGAGACAAGGCCUCAAACCCAGCCAAGGAAGGAGGAGCGUCAGCCGCCCAGGAUGUCCCAGAAAACCAGCAGCAGCCGUCAAAGAAUGGAGUCGAGUCAUACCAUUUCCAGAACCCAAAGUGCAACAGGGAAGACGAACAUUGAUGUGAGAGCGACCGCUCAAGUCCCUCCUCGCCACCCUGAGCGCGUCUCUGUGCCUGCAAGGAACGGACAAGGUUCAGUGGGGAUGCCUGCCGAGAAGACUACUUCUGCCGCGGUCCCAGAACGCUCCGGUAGCGUGAGGAAUGGGCGUCGACAAUCCCCCGGCGAGUCUCAACAAUCGCGCUCAUCAGCCGGGUAUGUCUCCGAUUCGGCUGCAAACAAGUUCCCAAUGAAUCCUGGAACUGCGCAUCAGGAACCGCCUUCGCAGUCAAGCACGAGAGCUCACGCUGUCCCUCCCACAGGAUCGGGCUUGGCUGAAAGGUUGGAAGAAAAAUUGAGACAGCGACAGAAAGUUCGCGAGUCUGAAAGCUCUACUCAAGCAAGUGGACUGCCUUUUGCUCGUCCUACGGGUCCCACCGAACCGCCGUCCUCCGAGCCUCCUCAAGCUUCUCGGUGCACUGCACCUCCUGAGCCAGUGCCACGAGCUACUUCUCGCGCAACUCGUUCUAGAGCUUUGUCCACCCCAGCGAAGCCGACACCGGCUGCUCCCUGCUUAGAGGAAGUUGACCCGUUUCCUGCUUCACUCCGUACAGCGACGACUGAACCAAUGCCCCCUGUAUCAUCUCAGUCGACAACAAAACGGACAGUAUCCUUUUAUGGCGACCAAGAACAGGAGCGCGAGCGAUCAAGAUCCUCAAGACGGCCGAGUCCUUCCAAAGCACUGGUUCGCCAGCCUUCCCCAGAAGAAGCUAGCCCCUGCCUUCUGCCUUGUCCGCGGUCUGUCCCUAUGACCGGGUACCAGGACUGGUAUACCAUUAAGGGGAUGGAACAUCUUGACAUCUGCCCUUCGUGCAUGAAACAGAUGCGCAAUUCGCGAUUCCAAGACUUGUUCAUUCCCGGUUUACCGGUGCCACGUGGACAGAGAGUUCGGUGCUCGAUGAGUGAGCCGUGGACACGACUUGCCUGGAUGCAGACCAUCAAGAAGCAGUAUGAGACUUUGGACAUGCUCCGGCAGAUAACCCGGCCACCGCCAGGAAGCAAGCCAUGCACGGGGCGCAUCAUCAGCGAUCAGUUCUGGUACCGAAUCAUCGACCCGGAAACAGGCAUGUACCUGCCAAAGUUCAACGUCUGCUCCGCGUGUAUUCGCAACCUGCGCAUUCUUAUGCCGCAGUACCGCGAGACUUUCACGAGAAGCACGACGAUGCAGGAACAGGUCUGUGAUUUCGUGGCGGACAGUCCGCGGUUCGUCCAAUACAUCGACCUGCUAGACAUUGCUGCAAAUCGCGCCGAGCUUGAACGCUCGCCGCGGCCCGACAUGACCGAGUUCCUGGCUUACGCUCGCCGCAAGGUCGUGCUACGGGACUGUCGCCGGGAUCGACUGGUUCUUGCUAUGUGGUACUACAUGCCGCAGCUGCCCGAGUUCACGGUGUGCGAGGAUUGCUACGACGACGUGGUGUGGCCGCUGGUGAAGGCGAAUAAGCCCAUCGCGCGGGAAUUCUUGACCAGGAUGCGACUCGCGCCAGGGGACGCACCGACUCGAUGCCGGGAAGCCAGCUGCCAGCUGUACUCGCCCCGGAUCCGGGCCAAGUUCCGCGACGCCGUGCAGCGAAAUGAUCUGGCGUACCUGAAGCUGAUCGCACUGAAGCGCUACGACGUUGAGCAGCACAUUCGGGAACGUCGAGAGGAGUUGUUGGAGGAGGAGCGCAAGGGAUAUGACUGUGACGCUGAGCUGCGGAGGACCUUGCUCGAGUGGAGAAGAUGGGAGUGA